AUGAUUGUCUCAAAGUUGGCCGUAUGUACAGUCGCAAUACUUGGAGCAUCUGCUUCCCCGGUCUUUCGUCGUUCAGUCGCAGCAACGGGGCUUCGAUCGAGACAAGAUGGCACCAUAUCGUCAACAGCCUACUCCGUGCCUGGAGCCAACAGUAAUGAACUUCGAGCCGAUGAAGUUAGCAGAAAGAAAGAGACCUUUCUGUAUGGGCCCUCCUUGGGGGUAGGACCAGCGUAUCCAGCUGGAGAGUUGGGACUGGUAUACAUAAACGCAGAUGAAGCCAUCGUGACUGCUGAGCGUAAUGCCCAGCUAGCCGUAUCUAGAGGUGAUGGGACGCAGGCAAUGGCAAAUGCAGCAAAGUACAAUGGCCUCAAGACGCUCGAUGAUUACACGAGGCUCUACGACCAUGAGUGGCAGAACAGCUCCAGGCCAACGGGCCAGGAUUCAGGCAUACUAACCAACUACACGCAGGACCUGCUCUUCUCGAUGGAGCGUCUUUCUGUCAACCCAUACGCUGUUCGCCGGUUGUUGCCACUAGAGGAGCUGCCGUUCGCUGUUGAGGAUGCCACCAUUCGAAGCAUGGCUGGCCAGCCUCUGCGAAGCCUAUUGGACGACGGACGACUGUUCUACGUGGAUCACAGGAACCAAAGCACUUACAACCGAACUGACAAGUUUGGCGCAGCCUGCGAUGCUUACUUCUACAUCUCACCAUCGUCUGGCGACUUUCUGCCAUUGGCCAUCCGAACCAAUGUUGGCAGUAACCUCAUAUACACUCCGAACGACUCACCAACGGACUGGCUGCUUGCCAAGAUGAUGUUCAACGUCAAUGACUUCUUCAUGGCUCAAAUAGAUCACCUGGCCAGAACACACAGCGUGGCAGAGAUUCUAUACCAAGCUGCAAUCAGAAGCCUUAGCGACAAGCAUCCUGUCCUCGCAAUCCUGAAACGGCUCAUGUACGGCGCCUUCGGCAUACGCCCGUUGGCAAUGACAAUUCUCUUCAACCCGGGUGCGGCGAUCGACAGAUUCUUUCCGUGGACUGGCACGGCUGCGACGCAGUUCAACAAUGAUACUUACGCAAAUGGCUACGCCGGUGCCUUCCACGCCAAUUGGAUCCGCAACAAUCUUCGUCGCCGCGGUCUCAUAGACUGCGCCCAUGGUCCACCUCUCAAGGAUUUCCCGUUCUACGAAGACGCCGGUCCAAUCGUGGACGCCAUCCAUCGAUUUACACGCACUCUCGUGUCCUCCUACUACCCGAACAAUGCCGCCAUCCGUGCCGACCCAGAAGUCCGCGCCUGGCUGGCAGAGUUGACUGGCAAUGGCGAAGUCAUUGACUUCCCUCCCAUCGACACACGCUCCGAUCUCGCCAAUGUGCUCGCAGAAGUUGCGCGCCUCGUUUCGGUGACGCAUCACGCUGUCAAUACGAAUGAGCUCAUCACCAGCUCGGGGACACUUCCGUUUCAUCCCACAGCUCUGUAUCAACCUAUACCGACUGAGAAGGGUAUCACCAAUGUAGUGCCCUGGCUACCACCUUUGAACCAGAGCCUUCGCUGGAUAAGCGUGUCUGCCAACUUUGCGAGGCCCUUGUUGGCGGGUACGAAUAGAAGUAUUGUGCAUAUGUUUGAUGAUGACGUGAUGCUGGGGAGGAUGAAUGAGGACACGCGAAGGGCAAAUGAUAGAUUCAUGGAGACGAUGAGGGCGAGGAGUAGGGUAGUGAAGAGCAGAGGCUUCGGUAAAGAUGGACUGAGUCAGGGCAUGCCGUUCGUAUGGAACGCUUUAGACCCUGAUAUCGCGCCGUGGAGUUCGACAAUUUAG